UGGCCCUCGCCGGUUGCCGUUUAAGCCUGUACGUGGCAGUCAGAGAGCCGAGGCUCCUCUCCUGCAACAACUCACUCACACAGACGGACAUCCUGCGGUCCUGUCGGACACACGGAGGCGAGGACACUCUUUAUAUCACUGUUUCUACCUGCCGGGAAACGUUUCCACCAUGUUCACCGUCUCGGAGCUGGUCGUGUUGCUGGCCGUCCUGUCCGCCACUGCGUCCGGCUACUUCGUUAGCAUAGACGCCCAUGCCGAGGAGUGCUUCUACGAGCGGGUCAACUCCGGCACAAAGAUGGGCCUCAUGUUCGAGGUAGCCGAGGGAGGCUUCCUGGACAUCGAUGUGGAGAUAACGGGGCCCGACGGUAAGCAGAUUUACAAAGGCGACAGAGAGUCCAGCGGGAAAUACUCGGUGGCGGCGCACAUGGACGGAACCUACAAGUUCUGCUUCAGCAACAAGAUGUCGACCAUGACGCCCAAAAUCGUCAUGUUCACGAUCGAUAUCGGAGAAGCCCCUAAAGGCCAGGACAUGGAGACAGAAGCCCACCAAAACAAGCUGGAGGAGAUGAUCAACGAGCUGGCCGUUGCCAUGACAGCUGUGAAGCACGAGCAGGAGUACAUGGAGGUCCGCGAGAGGAUACACAGAGCGAUCAACGACAACACAAACAGCAGAGUGGUGCUGUGGUCUUUCUUCGAGGCUCUGGUUCUGGUGGCGAUGACACUCGGACAGAUUUACUACCUGAAGAGAUUUUUCGAAGUACGGCGGGUGGUUUAGUGCGAUCUUAAAAAAACGAUCCCUCUGUGUCCUCCACUGAAUUUCUCCACCACCGAGACAGUUAUCUACACUCUGGAAAUGAGACUGGCAGAUUUGAGUAAAGCCUACGUGAAACGGUCGGAUCUCUGAUGUUUUGUUCUCCUGUUUCCUGUUUGGUUCCUUCUUUAUAAGUGUCACUAGUGUUUGUUUGGAACGAAUGGCCAAAAAGGUUCUGGGAUAGAUGUCAGUUUAGAUUUUUUUUGUUUUUGUCAUUUGAUAAUUAAGUACAAAUUAAUUGCCAGUACAGUUUUGCCCGUGUGAAUGACUGCGAGGCUCAUCAUUUUUUUAAGCAAAAAGGCAGAAGAAAAAGAAUUAAAAAUGCACAUAAAUGGACAGGCAUGUUGAGUCUCCACAGGAGGUUGUAAAAAUUUAAACGGGACCCUUUCGAGUGAUAAAAAAACAGAAUGCAUUUGAUUUUAUUCCUGUCUUGAGAUGCAGGAGGUUUCUGGUGUCUAAGCCGAGUCAGACGAUGCACUGGCAGAUAUGUGAUAUCUGUGCACGGCGUCUACGCUCUCAAACAACAAAUUGCACUCCUGAUGAACGCGUCUAAAUAACCGAAGGAUUUCGGCUGCAGCUGGUCUUUAAGGGAAACUGUGCAGCUUCUAGCUCUGUCUGUUGAUUCGUAGCGAUCCAUGCCGCGGGGGGAGGGGCUUCGGCGGGUUGCAGGGAAACGUUGCGACUCUCCACAUAGUUCAGAAAAAGCUGUUUCUUUGGCUUAAGAGUUCACAAGUUGAUUUUUAAACGCUUAUUUCCACUUCGGCAGCGAGAUCUUGAAGAGCUGAGGUUUUAAACUGAACUACUCGGAGGAAAAGUGUGGAGGAAAACUGAUGUUACAUGUCGACUGAGGCGGGCGGGGGGGCACGUAACGACUGCUGUGUGCUUUAGUUGCUUCUAGUUUAGUUCCUUUGUUGGGGUUCGGGAUUUUAAAUUAUGAUUGUAUACAAUUUUGAACUGUUUGUUUGUUGUUUUUUUUCCUGGAGCAUAUCCUGUGACAUGUUUGGAUGAUGCUUUUCAAAUUAAAAGCUCUUCUUUCCCCAUUGAGAAUAAAACAAACGUCCGAGGCUGCAACAUUGCAGGUGCUGCGUGUCGCCGAGUAUGCUCCAGUUUUGUAUUUAAAAACAAUCUUUGGUGAGCUCUGGCAGGUAAAAACUGCUCUGUACACAGUCUCCUUUUUGUGAUUACAAACGAAAUCUGAGAAAUGGAUCUGUACAAAUGUAGAAUGGUUGUCUGUGGAAAAAGCCCCAGGUUUCAUAAUAAAGCCAAUAUUCUGUACAAUUA